AUGCCAGCUGAUUCAGACCUUAUUUUGUCCGUCAACGAAGAAGUCGACAAAGACCUCUUUAAAACGUUGCCGGAGAGAAAAAAGCAUGAGGAUUUCAUCAGGCGGGCAGUGGACUUGUUGGUCGAAAGAGUUGUGUUUGGAAGAUCGGCGCGGUCCUCAAAGGUGGUGGAAUGGGCAUCGCCGGAAGACAUCAAAACUGCUAUUGAUUUGAAGCCCAGAAGAGAGCCGGUUUCUCAUGAUGAACUGUUGAAACUAAUGGCUGAUGUUACACGAUACUCCGUGAACACAGGACACCCAUACUUCGUCAACCAAUUAUUUUCUUCGGUCGACCCAUACGGCUUGGUUGGUCAAUGGUUGACGGACGCACUUAACCCUAGUGUUUACACCUAUGAAGUAGCACCCGUGUUCAUUCUUAUGGAAGAAGAUGUUCUCAAAGAGAUGAGGACUAUAGUCGGCUGGCCUGAUGGCCAAGGCGACGGCAUUUUUUGCCCAGGCGGUUCUCUAGCUAAUGGCUACGCUAUUAGCUGCGCUCGGUUCUACUAUUAUCCUGAAAUUAAGACCAAAGGUGUAUAUGCAGUGCCUAGACUGGUCCUAUUUACAUCAGAACUCGCCCAUUAUUCCACCAGAAAAAUGGCUGCUUUCAUGGGCAUCGGUGACGAUAACUGCAUUCAAGUAAAAACUGACAAAAACGGGAAAAUGGACGUGGAUGAUUUAGAAUUUAAAAUAAACGAGGCAAUAGAAGAUGGUGCUACGCCAUUUUUAGUCACGGCUACGGCGGGGACGACUGUGUAUGGUGCUUUUGAUCCUUUGGUCGCCAUUGCAGGCUUGUGUCAGAAGUAUAAUUUGUGGUUCCACGUGGACGCGGCUUGGGGAGGUGGAGCCCUGAUGUCGAGGAAACACAGGCAUCUCUUGAAUGGAAUAGAAAUGGCCGACUCGGUGGUGUGGAACCCUCACAAGCUCUUGGCAGCUCCGCAACAAUGCUCGACCUUCCUAAUUAGACACAAGAACAUCCUCAAACAGGGACACUCGUCCGACGCCAAGUACCUCUUCCAGAAAGACAAAUUUUACGACACUUCGCUCGACACCGGCGACAAACACAUACAGUGCGGUCGCCGAGCCGACGUACUCAAAUUCUGGUUCAUGUGGAAAGCCAAAGGGACGGAAGGCUUUGAAAAACAUAUUGACACACUAUUCGAUAACGCCAAAUUCUUCUUGGAACACAUCCGACAACGCGAGGGAUUCAAGUUAGUUAUCAACGAACCCGAAUGCACCAAUAUCAUGUUCUGGUAUGUUCCAAAUUGUCUGCGCGGACUUGAAAAUGAACCAGACUAUAGAGAAAGGCUGGACAAGGUAGCGCCGAAAAUAAAAGAAAAAAUGAUAAAGGAAGGAAGUAUGAUGGUCACGUACCAACCGCAAGGUGACCUACCAAAUUUCUUCCGCAUCGUGUUCCAAAAUUCAGCUUUAGAACACAAGGAUAUGGUCUACUUUGCCAAUGAACUUGAAAGGCUCGGAAAAAACAUUAAAGUUUAAACACAUUACGCGAAAUGUACAAAUAUUACAUCAUUAGCCUGUGAUUAUAUUUUUAAUUAAUUUAUACUUCUUGAGGUUUACCUGUGACAUUGUGCUGGAGUAUUUUAGGUUUAUUAAUACUUAGGUUAUUAAGAGUAUGAGUAUUUUAAAUACAUUCACUUACUUGGAAAACCCUAUCUAAAAAAUAUUUAAAAUAUUCCUGUGUAUUUCACUUUAGUGAGAUAA